UAGAUCCGGAGCCUCUUGUGGGACGGGGACCGAGUGCGAGGCCCUGAGUUCUCCGGAGCUGAGGGUGUCACACGGUGCGGGAUUCCACACAUGCCAGUCCGAGCCGGCGGCCGGGAGGAUUUCAGCAUGAUCGACCUGAGCUUCCUCACUGAAGAAGAGCAAGAGGCCAUCUUGAAGGUCCUGCAGCGGGAUGCCGACCUGAAGAAAUCCGAAGAUGAGAGGGUCAGACAUCUGCCUGAGAAAAUCAAGGAUGACCAACAGCUGAAAAACAUGAGCGGGCAGUGGUUCUACGAAGCCAAGUCGAAGCGACACAGAGAUAAAAUACAUGGAGCAGAUAUCAUCAGAGCAUCCAUCAGGAAGAAGAAAUCCCAAACCAUCGCCGAGCAGAGUCAGCACGGGACGGAGCGGACCAAGAAGAGCUGGGUGAAUAACGUCCACAGAGACCUCUCCCUCCCGCCGGAGAUCUGUGGUGCCAUGGAGGAGCUGGAAAAAGUCGCGGACGCAGCAGCUCACCCCAACCCGAGUCUCACCGGAUCGCAUCCGAUUUCGGGUGGAUUAGACGUCCCUGAAGACGGCGCAAGCAAGACAGCUGUGUCGACGGGCAAGCCCAGGAAGAAUCCAUUUAAUAGCUCCAGCGUUCCAGAGAAUAAUUUAUACAUCCAAACCAAAAGCGAACAGUCAGGAAGCGGAACAACUGGUUUCCCUCGCACAUCAAAAGAGGCUGUUCCGAACCCUUCCAAGGAAUCCUUUUCCUCCCCAAAGCCUCCCUGGCAGUGGCAGAUUCCUCCGGACACCGAGGGUAGCCCCCCAGCCCAGCCUCCAAUCCCCAAACCCAGAAGAGCGUUCUCCAACGUCCCAGAACAACGCCUGGAGGACGAACCGCCUUUCCCUAAAUCCGGACGAAGGGCCGAGCCGGGGAACAGCCGCUUCCCCCCCCGGGGCAUCCUGAAGCGCAACUCGAGCACCAGCUCCACCGAUUCCGAGGUGACCCGCGGGAAUCCCAACUCAGAGUCCAAAGGCAAGAACCCGCCCCCCUCUCUCACCAUCCCCGAAGGCAUUUUGGAGAGGGACCCUUCGGCAGAAGAGGAGGACUCUUCCCACAGCGUGCUGGAACCGCUGAAGCACGUGCGAUUCUCGGCAGUCCAAGAAGAACUUCCUCAGCAUCCCGACCUCUGUCACGGGAAGGAAAUGGGAGCGGUCGCUUUAUUAGAGUCUCUAAAGGCUGAGGCCCAGUCGGAAGACGCUUAUGUCGGCUUGGAGGAGGAUACUGAGUUCUACAGUCACCGAAAACCAUUCCGGACCCCUCGGCCGACUUCCGGGCCAACCGCGACGGACGCUAACUCGCCCGAACGAAACCCGCCGGCUUCGGAGCGGUACGGGAUGAACGGGCCCUGCCCGGCCGCUGAGCAGAUCUCGGACCGGGUGGCGGGUCCCCGUUUGGAAGGCUUAAGCCCGAGGUUGUCGUCCAGAGAGCUCCCGGCUGACGUUCGGGGGGAGCCCAGAGCCAGGCCCUCCUCCAAAUCAAGCCCGGAAUUCGAGUCAUCCCAAAAUCCCGUGGCCUGGCAGCCGGGUCCCCCCGAGUCCGCUCCUCCUCGGAUUCCUGAGUUCCCCCGGGCGGAGCGUCAGCAAGGUUCAGAAGAAGAGUCAAAUCCCGUUUUGAAGGCUUUGAAAAGGAAUGCUGAUAGGAAAGUGCCUUCCAAAAGUCUAGAGGACAUUUCGUCAGACCCACCAAAUCCAGCCAGAGUAGAUAUUCCAAAAGAAGAAUUAGUUCGUAGUGCCGAAGAUGAUGCGAAAGCAGAUCAACCACAAGAUACAAAUGAAAACAGGCCAGGAAUUUCCACAGGGCCAUCAGCCCCUGAGCACCAGUUUUUGCAGCCCGAAAAACUCAAAAGGAUGAGCAAGUCUGUGCCUGCAUUUCUCCAGGAUGAGAGUGAUGACAGAGACACAGACACGGCCUCAGAAAGCAGUUCCCGGCUUGGCAGGCACCAGAAGAGCCCAAGCUCUUUAACCAAUCUUAGCAGCUCUUCUGGCAUGACAUCCCUGUCUUCUGUGAGUGGGAGUGUGAUGAGCAUCUACAGUGGAGAUUUUGGCAACGUGGAAGUGAAAGGGACGAUCCAGUUUGCCAUCGACUACGUGGAGUCGCUGAAGGAGUUCCACAUUUUAAUCGCUCAGUGUAAGGACUUGGCGGCUGCUGAUGUGAAGAAGCAACGGUCAGACCCGUACGUGAAGACCUACCUAUUACCAAACAAGGGCAAGAUGGCUAAAAAGAAGACCCUCGUGGCCAAGAAAACAUUGAAUCCCGUGUUUAACGAGAUACUGCGGUACAAGGUCGACAAGCAGGUUUUGAACACCCAGAAGCUGAACGUCUCCGUCUGGCAUCGGGAUACUUUUAAGCACAACAAGUUCCUGGGGGAAGUGGAGCUGGAUAUGGAAACGUGGGACUGGGGAAACAAGCAGAAUAAGCAACUGACGUGGUACCCCCUGAAGAACAGGACUCCAGGGUCUGGCCACGAGAUGGAGAGCCAAGGAGAGAUGAAACUGGCUCUCCAGUAUGUCCCCCAGCCAACGUCCGGUAAAAAGCUCCCGACCGGCGAAGUGCACAUCUGGGUGAAGGAAUGCAUCGACCUACCACUUCUAAGGGGCCACCAGCUGAAUUCAUUUGUUAAAUGCACCAUCCUUCCAGACACGAGCAGGAAGAGUCGCCAGAAGACGAGGACGGUCCCCAAAACGGCCCAUCCGGUCUUCAACCACACGAUGGUGUACGACGGCUUCAGGGAGGAGGACCUCAAGGAGGCCUGCGUGGAGCUCACGGUCUGGGACCACUUCACGUUGACCAGUCAGUUCCUGGGCGGGCUGCGGCUCGGCUUCGGCACGGGGAAAAGCUACGGUACCGAGGUGGAUUGGAUGGAUUCCACCCCAGAGGAGGAGUCCCUGUGGGAGAGGAUGGUGAACCACCCCAACACUUGGAUAGAAGGAACGUUACCCCUCAGGAUGUUGCUGGUAGCCAAGAUGGCCAAAUAAAGGUGCCCCCCACCCCCACCCCGGGUUGUGUCCGCUGGGGAGGACCUGGUGGAAUCUUUGACCGUCCGCUCGCUAGCCCGUGUCGAGACCGUGUCGUUUCUACAUCUGUUACCGGCACCGAAGCGGGGAGGCCGAACGAUAACCGGGCGGAAACGUUGCGUUGGUGCGGCUCUGGACGCUCGGGUCAAGGCCCGUGCAAGUGGCGGGGUGAGAAAAUAGGAUGGAAAAUGAAUUAAAACUGCGCAUCACCCGGAGAAAAGGGAAAGGUGCGUUGGGAGCAGGUUAGGAAUCCUAAACUGAUGCUGCUGCUUCAGGAAGAAAGCCGCCAAACUAUAACUUCCCAAAGCCCCCCCCGGGGUCGGUCACCCGGGGUCUGAAAGCGUCUCGCUCUCUUUCCCUCCUUCGCCGUCCCGUCCGUGACACAAACCUUAAUGCUGAAUUCUCCUCGUGGAGUUGCUUCUGUGGUCUCCGAUGCUUAGAAGUUGUCGUCGGGGGGCUGGGGCUCUGGGUCCACCCUCACCCCGGCCGCCCCGUCAGAGGGUCUGGGAAAGAGCGAUCCUCUGGCCUUCUGGAUUAGAAUUGUAAAUCUGAAUUUUGGAUGAAUCCACUGGCUAGGGGUGGAUUCGUUUCAUCGGCCACCAGCCGGCCUCGCGGCGGGUAGGAUUUUUAAAUAUACUGUGGUUCCCUCGAUGGGACCUAGUGGGAAUUGCAUCCUUCUUAGUUCGGAAGCCUUGGUUGAAGACUUUAAAGAGAUUUCAACUGGACACUUGGGAGUAAGCCCUGAGUAUCUUCAGUUCUCCGGGGCUCUUGAAACUUGUCUAAAUGUGGCUCUAUUUGUGCUCAAGAGUUGAAAUAUAUUAUAAUUGUUUCCUAUAUAUUUGCAGUUUUCACAAAGUAUUUUGCACCCCGGUCUUCAGAAUAAAUUAUAAUAUGACCGUAA